GUAACGGAAGUUAUGGGUCAAGAUCCGUGCGCGCGCACUUUACAUUACCCUUGCAGCAUAACAGGAAACAAUUUCACUGAAAAUGGCGUCUGUGAAAAGUGUACCUAAAGAUGCUCAGGUUAUGGUGCAGAUUCUCAAAGAUAUGGGAAUUACAGAGUAUGAGCCAAGAGUAAUUAAUCAAAUGUUGGAGUUCACGUAUAGAUAUGUGACAACAAUAUUGGAAGAUGCAAAGAUCUAUUCAUCUCAUGCAAAGAAGUCAAAUGUUGAUGCAGAUGAUGUAAGGUUAGCAAUACAGUGCCGAAUGGACCAGUCAUUUACUUCACCACCACCCAGAGACUUUUUAUUGGAGGUAGCAAGGCAGAAGAAUCAAACUCCACUGCCCUUAAUAAAGCCAUACUGUGGACCCAGACUUCCCCCAGACAGAUAUUGCUUAACAGCACCCAACUACAGACUUAAAUCUCUCCAAAAAAAGGGUUCUUCUGUUGGAAGAAUAACAGCACCACGGCUAAGUGUUGGUGCCGUCACUAGUCGACCAAGUACACCAACUCUUGGUAAUCCUGCUCAGACUGUAUCAGUUACCAAUAAACCUGUGACACCAGUAUCACUCUCUGGUCAACGAUUUACAGUACAGAUUCCAACCUCACAGUCUUCAACAAUUAAAUCAGCUGCAACAUCUACAAAUACAGUUCAGAAUGUACUCAUUAAUCCAUCUUUAAUUGGUUCAAAAAAUAUUGUCAUCACAACCAAUAUGGUUUCUUCGCAAACGUCAAGUAAUGAAGCAAAUUCCUUAAAAAGGAAACAUGAAGAUGAUGAUGAUUAUGAUGCUUUAUGACCCGUCAGUAGUCAGCAAAAAGAUGUCUAUGAAGUUGUUGUACCUGGUUUUAAAUGUUAGAAGGCUAACCCUCUGUUAAUUGUAUUGUAAUUUUGUUUAAAAAAAAAAACAUACUACACAAGUUGAAUGUAGAGGGUAGUAGAUGUUAACAGGCGCAUAACUGUAUAUGAUGUGAAUCUCUGAAUUGAAAAAAAGUUUAUAAACUGUUCUAUGAUUUCCUAAAAGUCUUUUAAAUAUUUUUUUAAUUCUGUUAAUGUCUUAAAAAUACAUUUAGGCUGUAUUUAUGUAUUAAGGAGAAUGCAUUAACUAUUUGAUAACUUUAAUUGGACUGCCACCUGUUUGGUGUCAUAGUCCAAGCACUCUCAAUAAAUAGGCUGUUUAAACAGUGUUGUAAAACUCAAAAUACAUUUUUACACUUUUGAACAGUAAAAUAGUAUUCUUCAAAAAUAUGUAUAUCUGGUGUCUCCUACAGAUCUUUUCAAAAAGAAUGUUAUGUUGAUUCUCAAAGUAUUUAAUUUGUAAUUUUUUCAACUUUUUGCAUUCAGAGGUUCUGUUUACUGUUAAGUUAUUACUAAUUAAAAUUUGAAAGGUAAAGGAUUGUUGAAAGCAUUCUAGUUUUUUAACUUUAUAAAUUAUUUUAUUUGUCUGUUGCAGUACAAUUUCACAGUUUUAUAAAUUGUAAACUCUUUAGAGGAUUGUCUGUGCUAGUCUGUCAAAGGGCAGUGCUAGUACUAGGGAAUAAUUACACUACAAUAUCUGCCACCAAACUUUCAAUUCCCCAAAAAAAGGAAAUUUCACUUGUUUAAAGCUGUUUUCAUGGGACUGUUUUUACACUUUGGCUUUGCUGUGGAUAUGGCCUUCUGCAUGCCCUGUUGAAAAUUAUAAAUGCCUACCUCAGUACAACCUCUAACCACUUUAAAUUUCUUUGCCUACUUUGACUGCACCUUUUGCUUCAGAAGUUACUCAUUGUCUUAGAUUGAUACAGUAGCUUAUUGUAUUGUUAAGUGUUUGUAUUACCGUAUAUACUCGCGUAUAAGUCAGGUCUUGAAACCCAAAAAAUCGAUCAUAAAAUCAGACCC